AUGAUAGUGGUCGUAUCAAAGGAUUAUAUGAUCGUUUGUGUAACCUUGGUGUCAUUGAUGAUAAAUAAGAAUGUCGCGAUUUCAACUGACUGUCCUGCAUUGAAUAACAUCGUAGUUGAUUCUGUUGAAGUUGGACAAACUUAUAUCGAAUACCUUAGAAGAAACGAUUAG